AUGGCUCAAGCGCGAGAGAACCUGUUCCUUUUUGAAUGGUACAAGAGAAUAGCAUGGGGACCUUUUACCACCUUGGUUAUACUCCCAGUUUGUGGCCUCAUUUCAACAUUCUGGGUCAGGCUCCAUAGCCAAACAGCCAUAUUCGCACUUGUGUAUGCUGUUAUUAUCGCACUUUGCAUCACUGCCGGUAAGUUGGUCAUCGCAAGCGCUAUACUCGUACUAUCGAAGAAGCUAACCGGGACUAGGAUACCAUCGAUUAUGGUCUCACAGGUCGUAGCUCUUGCAGUGAUUGGUGCAGCUGGAAUGCAAGGUCCUAUUAGAUGGUGGGCUCGAGAGCAUCGUGCCCAUCACCGAUUCACUGACACCUCUGAGGACCCAUACAAUAUCAAACAGGGCUUUUUCCAUGCUCACAUUCUGUGGAUGAUCCUCAAGCAACCCAAGCGCAGUCGACGAGUCGAUAUAUCGGAUCUAUUGAAUGAUCCGGUUGUCGCUUGGCAGGAACGACAUUUCAUCCCAGUCGCGGUUGGAAUGGGCUGGCUAUUGCCCAUGGUUGUUUGUGGGCUUUGGACGAGUGAUUGGUUGGGUGGAUUGCUCUAUGGAGGCAUUCUUCGUAUGUGUCUUUGCCAUCAGGGAAUUUUCUGUAUCAACUCUGUUUGCCACUAUUUCGGCGAUCAGCCGUACGACACUAGGUUGUCGGCCCGGAAUCUUCCGCAUGUGCUGGCAAUGUGCACCUUGGGCGAAGGAUAUCAUAACUACCACCAUGCCUUUCCGGCGGACUAUAGGAUGGGAGUCCAUUGGUACGAUCUGGACAUUACUAAGUGGAAUAUCUGGGUAUGGGGGAAACUUGGCCUGGCACGAGACCUGAGACGUAUUCAGAAGAUUGGGAUUGACAAGCCCAGUCUUUGA